CGUUUUGAUCUCGCCGUCCGCCUGUGGACCAGGAUAAGCUAUGAAUUUUGAAUUUGAGAGGGAGAUUGGGUUCAUAAACAGCCAGCCUUCCCUUGCAGAGUGCCUGACGUCUUUUCCCGCUGUCCUGGAGUCAUUUCAAACUUCAUCAAUCAAGGACUCGACAGUAAUUCCUCCUCCUUUCGAGCACACCAUCCCCAGCCUGAGUCCCUGCACAAGCAGCCAGGCGCGACCGAGGAACCAAAAGCGAACCUCCAAUGGCCUCCAGCUUCGGACGCCACAGCCGCAACAGGGCCCAGCCCCGCCGGCGAGCGCGGCUGGCCCGCUGGCACACGAGUUCCCCUGGAUGAAAGAGAAGAAAUCCUCGAAAAAGGGACCCAAAUCUGGGAAUGCCACGGUAGCCUCCUCUUCUCCCUCUCCUGCAUCCUCCGGGUACGCCACUGCAGGACUUGAAUCACCGACAGAGGCGCAGGGUGGACUGGACAGCGGAAGCGGAUCCCGGAGGCUGAGGACUGCCUACACCAACACGCAGCUACUGGAGCUGGAGAAGGAGUUCCACUUCAACAAAUAUCUCUGUCGGCCCCGGCGGGUGGAGAUAGCUGCCCUUCUGGAUCUAACCGAGAGACAGGUCAAAGUGUGGUUCCAGAACCGGAGGAUGAAGCACAAGCGGCAAACGACACACCACAGGGAAGGCCAAGAGGGCGACCCCGGCGGGUUCGAGCCCCUGGAAGGUGCCGAUGCGUCCUCGCCUUACUCGAGCCAGCCACUGGAAGCCUCGGGCUCGGCUGCGUCCGAGGAGGAGACGUGUAACUCGGCAGCCUCCUACACGAACAGCAGUGACAAUAACCAGCCCACGCCUGAGGAAGGCCAGCUGAGCUGCCAGGAGCCCGCAUCAGUCUCUGACACAACAGUGCGGUCGACCCAGUUCCCAACGCCCACUGCAGAUAACCCCGCAACAAUGGGCGACGGUGGCGCAUCUGGCCCGGAUCAUUCUUUUUCAGAGCAGCAGGACGCCUCCUCCCUGCCCGAUUUGAAUUUCUUUUCUGCUGAUUCCUGCCUCCAGAUUUCUGACGCUUUAUCGCCCAGCUUGCAGAGCUCGCUCGACAGCCCGGUAGAUUUCUCCGAGGCGGACUUUGACUUAUUUACGAGCACACUUUGUACAAUAGAUUUACAACAUUUACAGUUCUAACAACAAGAAUAGUACAGAACAAUCGAAUUAAGGAGAAUGUCCCACCGUCUUACAAUGGUGAAUACUUCUCGGCAACAGUCCUGAAACACAUUUAUGAAAAAGAUUCCUGGGUUUAUUUUGAAGAUAACAUAGAACCUGAGAUAGCAAAGGAGCUAUUAUGUCCUUUCCUGGCAUUAUAAUUUUGGUUUACUCCAUCGAAAUCACAUACGGAUUUCCCCUUGUUCAAAUUUCAGGUAUUUAUUGCCUUCUUGUUUUCUGACAGUAUUAAUUGGCAGUUACAGUAAUAGACUAUACUGUCUCCUUAAUGUUUCUAAACUGUUCAGUGCAGCUCAAUCUUUUAAUUCUCAGGAAAUGUAGGCCUAUCAGAUAUAUAAGCCUAAAGGAUAGUUGAACUGCUUUUAGAAAUGAUCUCGAGACGGGCGUUGAUCCUGUUGAUGAGGUUUAGAACUAGUUUAUUUAUUGAGAUUCUUUAAUAGUAAAUUUCAAAUUAUUUAUUGUACAUUAUUUUCAUAGUUGAAAUAAAAACCAA